GUUUUAGGUUCUCAAAAUGUCUUUCAGCAGCCAUAUACAAAUCCUACUAGCUGUCUUGCUUAUUCAAGUGGCCUCUAGCUUUGCUGUUCAGGAGAUUCAGGCCAAUCAGGAAACCAUUACGAAAAUCAAUGCUGCAGGGAAAGUGAUGCAGUGCUCUGCAACUUUGGAUGUUGUCUUUUUGAUGGAUGGCAGCUCCAGUGUUGGAAAGGGCAGCUUCGAGAGGUCACGUCACUGUGUUCUGAAACUUUGUGAAGCUCUGGAUAUCAGCCCCACCAUGGUCAGGGUUGGAGUCAUUCAGUUUGGCUCCACUCCCAAAAUAGAGAUUCUACUGGAUUCCUAUAGCAGCAGAGAGGAGCUUAUUAAACGCAUCAAGAAAAUCAACUACAGAGGAGGGAGCACUCAUACAGGUCUGGCUCUGAAGUAUGUGUUGAAAAAGGGGUUUCUCAGUGGUCGGAAUUCCCCAGUCCCACGAAUAGUCAUCCUCCUAUCGGAUGGAAAGUCCCAGGGCGCAGUUCAGCAAGCAGCUUCUGAGCUUAAACAGUCUGGAGUGACUUUGUUUGCUGUUGGCCUGCACUACCCCAGAUGGGAAGAGCUAAAUUCUCUGGCCAGUGCUCCGGCAGAGAAGCAUGUGUUUUUUGCUGAAGAUUACAGUGAUAUUGUGAAUGGACUGUACACAAGCCUUUCUACCUCUUCCAUCUGUAAAGCCAUUCCCUCAGGGUGUCAGGCGAAGGCUUUUCCAUGUAUGAGGAACACCCUUGAGAUUAUCAAAGAACUGCAAGGCAACUUCAUGUGCUGGAAGGGAUCCAAGGGUUACUCACCAUACAACUCUUUAUGUCCAUACUACAGAUAUCACAAUGUAUACAAGCGACUCCCUACAGUCUGUCAUCGAACAAUAUGCUCAGAUCCAUGUGAUUCGCAGCCAUGUCAAAAUGGUGGGACAUGCAUAACUAGGGGGCUAGAGAAUUACCAGUGUGAAUGUCCUGCAGGCUACGGUGAUGACCCCAACUGUGCUCCUGUGCUGACCCUGGACUGCUCAGUGGAUGUGCUUUUCCUAGUAGAGAGUUCAACCAGCCUGUCCCUGGAAGGGUUCCUGCGCUUCAAGUCCUUUAUAAAGCGCUUUAUAAAGACAGUACUGAGUUCAGACACCCCUGUGAAGAUCGGUCUUGCCCAGUAUGGCAGUGAUGUGAAGGUUGAAGCCAUGGUUGGGCAGCACAAGGACCCAGUGAAGCUACUUCAGGCUGUAGAGUCUCUCCAGUAUAGAAAGGGAGAAGCUAAAACCGGGAAUGCUCUACGCUAUGUAACACGACAUGGAUUUCAAAGUGCCGCGGUGUACGCUGAUGUUCAAGAUGACCUGCCUCGUGUGGUGGUGCUCAUUACUGGUACACCGUCGGCUGAUGCGGUAGUUGAGCCUGCUAAAUAUGCAAGAGACAGAGAAAUCUUUAUUAUUGGGGUGGCACCUGAAGGGUUGAAGGCUGAGAUGAACAACAUUACAGGAAACCCACAGCGCACUAUUACUUACAGCAUCCCUGACAGCUUAAGUGCCAAGAUCCCAGAGCUUAGAGCGAAGAUCUGCAGUGUGGACAACCAAGGAUGUCUGGGCCAGGCAGUGGACCUGGUCUUCGCCCUGGAUGGCUCAGGAAGUGUAGGAAAGGACAACUUUGUUCACCUGGUGAAUUUCGUGCGCAGCACCUCUGUGCAGUUCGACAUUAACCGUGACCUGACUCAGGUGGGGCUGGUGGUGUACGGCCGGAGACCUGUCUCUGUGUUCGAGCUGGACACUCACUCUUCAGGCUCUUCUGUACUUGCAGCAUUAGGGGAGGCUUCUUAUCUGGGUGGAAAAGCUUCAACUGGUUCAGCCCUGCUUCACGUGCACUCUCACAGCCUGACAGUUGCCAAAGGGGCACGGCCAGGGGUGAACAAGGUUGUGGUGGUGCUGACUGAUGGCACAGGAGCAGAGGAUGCAGCAGUGCCAGCUCAGAAGCUCCAGGAAGAUGGUGUGUCUGUGUUUGUCAUUGGCACAGGGGACAUGCAGCGGGACAAUCUUCUGCGCAUCACCCGAUUAGAGGAUCACAUUAUUACUGUGCCUUACUAUGAAGACCUAAAGUACAUUGAUGAUGUGCUGGUACAGAUGAUCUGUGCAGAUGUGAAAAAGCCUGUAAAUCCUUGCAAGCCCAGUCCCUGUAUGAACGAUGGGGGGUGUGUGCUACAGAACAGAAGCUAUCGCUGCGAAUGCAGAGGCUGGGAGGGCCCACACUGUGAAAGACGAAGCAGUCAGCAGCCAUCCAGAGGGGACCUUCCAAACCCUGCCAGACUGACACGGCGCCAGAGGAAGAAUGCGGGAGAGCUGCAGCAGCGUUAUAGAGAACACCGCAGGAGACACACUAUCCAAUCACAGUCAUAAAGCAGAUAAUACACUCACACGCACAUACACAAGGCCAUUCCAUUCUGUAUUCUCUGAGUAGAGAAUGCCACAGCAUGCCAAACAGAGACUAAAUAGAGGUUGUGCAGUUCAUCAGGCUUACACUGAGCUCUCUAAUACAGGAAACUAAAGAUGGUGGGAAUCUCCAGACCCACUGCAGCACAGAUACAACACUGUCAAUGAUAUUAUUACGCUCGACGGUAAACAUAUUAUUACACUCACAGCAAGGGAGUACAAGAGGUAGGAUGUCAUUAUCAGCACAAUGUCAUUAUUGUACACAGCAAAACACACAAAAAAUAGUACUAGUUUUAUAUAAAAAAAUUUUAAUAAUGUGGUCUAAUGUCAGGACUGAAUUUUAGAUAUACUGCAGAGUGCAGCUUUGUUUUUUUUUGUUAAUGUUUGAUGUUUAGAAAACUUUUGUAACAAAGCCUCUGGUGGGAGGUUAAUUUUACAUAUUUAUUUUU